AUGGCUACAGGGGAGCAGAGGCAACAGGAGCGACGCCGGCAGAGGGCUCGGCAGCAAGAGCUGCUCCCGGCAGAGAUUCAGGGCAAGCAUCCCCUGCAGAACAGAUGGGCACUCUGGUUUUUCAAGAAUGACAAGAGCAAGAUGUGGCAGGCAAACCUGCGCCUUGUCACCAAAUUCAGCACUGUGGAGGACUUCUGGGCGCUGUACACUCACAUCCAGCUCGCCAGCAAGCUCGCAGCUGGCUGUGACUACUCCCUCUUCAAGGACGGCAUUGAGCCCAUGUGGGAGGACAGCCAGAACAAGCGUGGUGGGCGCUGGCUCAUCACCCUGGCCAAGCAGCAGCGGCACACCGAGCUGGACCGCUUCUGGCUGGACACAGUGAGUGCUGCCCCACUUGAGGGUCCUGCCUGGGCUGCUCCCCCUGCCCCAGGGCUGAGCCCCAGUGGUGACUGUCCCAGGGUCCCCUUCUCCUCCCAACAGCUGCUGUGCCUCAUUGGGGAGAUGUUUGAUGAGUACAGUGAUGAAGUGUGCGGGGCCGUCAUCAACAUCCGUACCAAGGGGGACAAGAUUGCUAUCUGGACCAGGGAAGCAGAGAACCAGGAAGGAGUCACCCACAUUGGGCGGAUCUACAAGGAGCACCUGGGCCUGUCACAGAAGGUGGCCAUUGGGUACCAGGCUCAUGCAGAUACAGCCACAAAGAGCGGCUCCCUUGCCAAGACUAAGUUUGUGAUGUGA